CUAACCUUUUACUUCAUCGUUUCGCAUCAGCAUCGCACGUGUGCGUCAGCCGCGCGCGCAGUGUCUUGCUGGAUUAAAAAAAAUGACUGAGGAACUUGAUGUGUCUGACAAAAGUGACAGUGAGGACGAGUGUGCCUUCUCGUCGGACUUUCAUUUUGUGGACACCGCUGCUGAAUACUUUCAUGACACAUGGAGUGACCUUACUAAGCUGGUCAAGAAGAAGAAGACAGUGAAGAUAGAUGAAAAAAUAUCGAGGGCAAUAGAGAAACGCAAGUCAAAGAAUGCAGAAGAUGCUACAGACUCGCAAAGAAAUGGAGGAGAGGAAGAGGAGGAAGUUGUCAAAGAUACGCUCAGGACCAAAAAGAAGAAAGGAAAAGAUUACAGAGGAAAGCAGAAAGCAGUCACUGUGGAAGGAGUAGAGAAUGGAGAAGAAGAUGAAGCAGAAGAUGUAACGCAGGCAUUUUUUGGUGAUGAGGGCACCUCCUUUCAGCAGAUGAACUUAUCCAGACCUUUACUGAAGGCACUGACUGCCAUGAACUUUGUCUACCCGACGCCAAUUCAAUCAUCAACCAUACCGAUGGCGCUCUUAGGCAGGGAUAUUUAUGCAUGUGCUGCAACAGGAACAGGAAAGACGGCAGCCUUCAUGCUGCCCGUGCUGGAGCGGCUGCUGUUUCGUCCCAAGCAGGACGUGAUGACCCGUGUGCUGGUCAUCGUGCCCACUCGUGAGCUGGCUGUGCAGGUCUACCAGGUCAGCCUCCAGCUGGCCCAGUUCACCAACAUCAUGAUCACCCUGUCUGCCGGCGGUCUGGACUUGAAGGCUCAGGAAGCUGCACUGCGAAAGGUGCCAGACAUCAUUAUUGCCACCCCGGGUCGUCUUAUUGACCAUCUGGAAAACACGCCAGGCUUUGACCUCCGCAACAUUGAAGUACUCAUCCUUGACGAGGCUGACAAGAUGUUGGAUGAAACCUUUGCAUCCCAGAUGAAGGAGAUUAUCAGGCAGUGUGCUCCAACAAGGCAAACGAUGCUCUUUUCAGCCACCAUGACAGAGGAGGUGAAGGACCUAGCUGCUGUAUCACUUCAGAAGCCGGUCAAGCUGUUCCUCAACAACAACACAGACGUGGCGCUUAACUUGCGGCAAGAGUUUGUUCGCAUCCGGCCACAGAGGGAGGGUGACCGAGAGGCAGUUCUCGCUGCGCUGGUGUGCCGGACGUUCCACGACCACACCAUCGUGUUUGUGCAGACCAAGAAGCUUGCCCACCGGCUGCGUGUUCUGCUGGGCUUGCUGGGAGCCCGGGUGGAUGAGCUGCAUGGCAACCUGAACCAGGCACAGCGCCUCGAGGCUCUGCACCGAUUCAAGGAGAUGGAAGUGGACGUACUUGUCACCACUGACUUGGUCGCCCGCGGACUUGACAUCAAGGAUGUGAAGACGGUAAUCAACUUCACGUUACCACACACUGUUCAACAUUACGUUCACCGUGUGGGCAGAACAGCUCGAGCUGGCAAGAGCGGACGGUCAGUCUCAAUGGUCGGUGAGCAAGAGAGGAAGCUCCUCAAGGAGAUCGUCAAGCAGGCCAGAACACCAGUCAAACAGCGAAUUCUGCCACCUGAUGUGGUGGCACACUUCCGGGAGAAGAUUGCUGGCCUCGAACACGAGGUGGAGAGCAUCCUGCAGGAGGAGAAGGCGGAGAAGGAGCUGGGAGUUAUUGAGAAGGAGGUCGAGAAGGCGUCCGAGCUUAUUAACAAGAAAGCCACCAAUGAGCCACAGCGCACGUGGUUCCAGACACCCAAGGAAAAGUUUCGUGAGCAAGUACAACUGAAGCUUGGAAAGCACAGCAAGCAAACCCUCAAGAGGUUGAAGAUACCUCCACGUGCUCAGAAUGCUGAAGAUCGUGUCUCAAGGGAGUUGGAGAAAACAGCGCAGUACCAGGCACGCCUGGCUAAGAGGGCGAAGAAACCCAAACGCACGCGGGUUAUCACUGAAGAUGAUGGCACAAGAACGCAUCCACCGAAAGGGAAGAAAGGUGCCAAGAAACGCAAGGGCUUUGAUGCUGAGCUUGUGGACACCAGCAGGAAGACUGUCAAGAAAUUCCGUUAUGGGCCUUCCUACCAGGAGAAGGUGCAGAUGGGACUGGUCAAGAAGAACAAAGGUCCUGUCAAAAAGUUCAAGUCAAAGAGCCGGUACCGGAGAAAAUGAUUAUGAGGCUGCAGAAUUCGUCUACAUUUGCUGCAAUUAUGUGAAUAGUAAAUGGACUUUUUACAAAGAAA